GAGUCUGCUUCAAUGAAGAACAAGCAGCAGCAACAACCGGCACCAAAGAAGCAGAAGAAGCAGCAGCAGCAACAACAGCAGCAGCAAUUGCUGCGCCAAGAACAACCGGAGCAGCCGCAGCAGCAGAGGCAGCGUACCUCGCCUACACGCUACUAUCAGCAACAAUAUCAAGAACCGCAGCAGAAGCGAAACCUGGACGAUAUCAUGCUGAGCUCGUACUACAUCUAUAUGUCGGCCGGUACGCAGCUGCAGAUGGCACCACAAACAACAAUAGUACAACAAGUUGGCCAGGUCGACCAAACUUCAUCACACCAUCAUCAUACUUCGUCGCACCAUCUCCAGCAGCAACAGCAGCAGCAGCAGCAGCAGCCGUCGCAUCAUCAUCAUCAGCCACAUUUUAACAGUGGCAACCAGCAGCAGCAGCAGCAGCACCAUCAGCAGCAAGUGACAACGGUGCUGAGCACGCACCAGCAGCAACAGCAGUCGUCUGCUGCCGCCACGGCAGCACUUGCUGCUGUCCUGUGCGGUGCUGGUAGUGGCGGCAACGGUGGUGGCAGCGGUGGCAGCGGCAACGGCAGCAGUGGCGGCAGCGGUGGAAGUACUGUUAACAGUGUGGGAGGCGGUGGUGCAGGAAGCGGGGUCAAUAAUAGUGGGGCAACGGGCAACAGUGCCGGUAGCAAAGGUUCCCUGGUCGAUACGGCACAGCCGACGGCGACCACGACAACGACGACAGCGGGAGUGGCGGUAGCAACGGCAACACCCGGCACUACGCCCGCCCUGCAUCCACCCAUCCCGAUCGGUAACCUUCAGCAGCAGCAGCAUCACGCCCAUCACGCGCACCACCACCAUAACAACAACAAGGACCAGGACUCGAACAUGAGCACCGGUUCGUCGCACAGUGAUAAGGAGCCGGAUGCAAUCAUGAGUGGUCCGGUGGCGGCGGCAGCGGCCACUGCCCUACCCGUCGUUGCCACCACCCCGACAUCGGAAAAGGUGUCCCGGGUGGCAUCGGAACGCAAACGAAAACGGAAGGCCCCGGACGAUAAUGGUGGACCGGGUGGUGGAGGUAGUGGCGGCGGUGGUACGCACGGUAGCGGUACGGGUGGAGGUCAUUUUCGUGAUAGUAGAGAUAAUAUAAAGGGUCUGCGGUUGACGCUACCACCCCACAGUGAUAAUAAAAAAAUAAAAGAUUUUUUUUCUAAACACCCCGGCCUACCGGCGGUGACCUCGCUCCGCGUGUCCAGUAGUAGUAGUAAUAGUCCGCUAGCUGGUGGUGUUACCUGCAUCACCUCUAUCAGCUCGAUCGGUACUGGUGGUGUUACCACCAAUACGGUCGGCGGUUCACUAGGAGCAAUAUCCAAUUCCCCGCACGUGGAUCCGGGUGGCAGUGGGAACGUUGGGUCCACUACUGGUCCCGCGCGGAAAAGUCCCAACCCGCAGCAGCAGCAGCAGCAGCAGCAACAGUCACCCCACACUGGCGGUCAAUAUCCCAUGUACCCUCCUAGUCCGCAAACGCCACUCCUGUCGGUGGGCGCCAGCAUCGGGGCCAAUGGUAACAGUGGCCACAACAGCACCGGAACAACAUCCCUGCAACAGCAACAACAGCCGCCAGAUAUGUUUAGCAGUAGUCGAACGCAGCGGCAACAGCAGCAACAGCAGCAGCAGGUUGCGGCCGGUACUGGUACUGUGGCAGCAGUAGUCCCAACCCCAACGACACCGUCAACCGGUGGUGUUGUUGGUGGGAUCAGCAACAACGUCAGCAGUAAUAACAACAACAAUUCUUCCGUACAAGUUCCUCCAUCUGUGUCGGCAGCCAUGGCGGCGGCCGCCGCGGUCGAGGCGGCGAAAGCAGCCGCCGCAACAUCCACCCCCUCAGCAACGACGGUCCUGUCGCCGAUCAUCACCCCGCUGGUCAGUGCGACCGCGUCGACCGGUGUGACGGGGUCGGGUGUGUCGUUGCAGCAGCAGCAGCUACAGCAGUACCAGCCGAUAGUGCUGGUGUCGAAUAAUAGCAACACCUCAUCGCUAAUGCUCCAGAAACAGGCGCCAUCGGUGGUCGGGUCGACUACCCCCAGUCAGCAGAAGCAGCAGCAGCAAUCAUCGUCGGUAGUGGCACAGCGUGACUCUCAGGCGCAGGCAUCGGCAGUCCAGCAGACGGGCGGCGCGUCGACGAACCAUCAACUACAGUGCAACAACCCCACGUCAGGGACGGUGGUCAGCACCGGUAGUGGUGGUAACAACACUGGUGGCAACACCGACCUUCAUCACCAACAGCGAGUCACGCUGGUAUCGUGUAACACGAGCAGCAAUAGCAGUAGUAACGGGGGUGGAGGUUUGACCGGUGGUGUCGGAGGUACAGCUACGACGGGGUCAACAACACCCAGCGGGGAACAGACGAUCGGUAGCACCAAUACGCCACUGAUCACCACGUCCGUUGCGACCUCGACCCCAAGCAACAAUAACAGUACCGGUGUUAGUGGUAACAACGGUGGUCAGAACAACAACAAUUCCAUUCUCCAGCUGCCGGGUGGUGCCGUCGUCACCACCACCAACAAGUCAAUUGCGCAAAAGUUGCAACAUCAGCAAUCGACCGUCUCGACAAACACGACACCUGGCGGUGGAGCGCAACAGCAGCAGAGUGACAGUAGCAGCUCGAGCAAUAAUAAUAACAGCAGCAACACCACCAACAACAACAACAACAAUGGUAGCAAUUUUGGUAGCAAGUUCGGCCAGCAGCAACCAUCCACGCCGACGACACCGACGACAACCACAACCACCCUGAUGCUGACCAAGUUCGUGCAGACGGAUCUGACACAAGCGGACAUUACCGAGCGGGACCACGACUUUGAAAGUAGUCGGACGCGGGUCGACGAACUGUCGCGGUUAUCGGACGAGCAGAAGUGUCAGCUGAACGUGCACCAGAAGGCGAUCGAGCAGCACAAGAGCCAGAUCAGCAAGUGUGUCGAGGUGGUGAAAAAGUUGCUCAAGCAGAAGAGCAACAUCGAGAAGAAGGAGGCACGCCAGAAGUGUAUGCAGAAUCGGCUCCGGCUCGGGCAGUUUGUGACGCAAAGGGUUGGCGCUACGUUCCAGGAGAACUGGACCGAUGGUUACGCCUUUCAGGAGCUGGCGAAACGCCAGGAAGAGAUCACUGCCGAACGGGAGGAAAUCGAUCGCCAGAAGAAGCUGCUAAUGAAAAAACGACCCACGAACAGUGAGGGUGGUCGCAAGAGAAACAAUUCGUCGGCGACGGGCGGUGGAUCGGGUGGAACCGGUGGUACCGGUGAUAGGAGUGGCAGUGGUCCGGGCAGUACCGGUGUUGGAACGGGUGCGGUCGUUGCGAUGGGUAGCAGUGGCGUGGUUGGUAGCGGUGCGGGCAAUGUCGGUGGCGGUGGAAGUGGGUCGGCGCUGCAUAAUGGCAAUGACAGUACGUUCCUGAAACCCGAUCCGGUAGUGAGCAGCAAUAGUACGUUCACGCUGCAGGAGUACUACGAGUGUGACGAGAUACUGAAGCUGCGCCAAAGUGCGCUGAAGAAGGAGGAUGCUGAUCUGCAGCUCGAGAUGGAGAAGCUGGAACGGGAGCGUAAUCUGCACAUCCGCGAGCUGAAGCGAAUACACAACGAGGAUCAGUCACGCUUCAACAAUCAUCCGGUGCUAAACGAUCGGUACCUAUUGCUGAUGCUGCUUGGCAAGGGUGGCUUCUCCGAGGUGCACAAAGCGUUCGACCUGAAGGAGCAGCGGUACGUGGCGUGCAAGGUGCACCAGCUGAACAAAGACUGGAAGGAGGACAAGAAGGCGAACUAUAUCAAACACGCGCUGCGGGAGUACAACAUCCACAAGGCACUAGACCAUCCGCGGGUGGUAAAGCUGUACGAUGUGUUCGAAAUCGAUGCCAACUCAUUCUGCACCGUGCUGGAGUACUGUGACGGGCACGAUCUGGACUUUUACCUGAAGCAGCACAAAACCAUCCCGGAGAAGGAGGCUCGAUCGAUCAUUAUGCAGGUCGUAUCGGCGCUCAAGUAUCUGAACGAGAUCAAACCGCCGAUCAUACAUUACGAUCUGAAGCCGGGCAACAUACUGCUGACCGAGGGUAAUGUGUGCGGUGAGAUCAAAAUUACCGACUUCGGUCUGUCGAAGGUGAUGGACGAAGAGAACUAUAAUCCCGACCAUGGUAUGGACCUUACGUCACAAGGUGCUGGAACUUAUUGGUAUCUACCACCGGAGUGCUUCGUUGUCGGUAAGAAUCCACCGAAAAUCUCGUCCAAGGUGGACGUCUGGAGCGUCGGCGUCAUCUUCUACCAGUGUCUGUACGGAAAGAAACCAUUCGGCCACAACCAGUCCCAGGCAACGAUCCUGGAAGAGAACACAAUCCUCAAGGCGACCGAGGUACAGUUCGCCAACAAACCGACCGUAUCGAAUGAGGCAAAGAGCUUCAUACGCGGGUGUCUCGCGUACCGUAAGGAGGACCGCAUGGAUGUGUUCGCACUGGCGAAGCAUGAGUAUCUGCAGCCGCCGGUUUCGAAGCACAAUCGGUCGUCGAACGCGCAGAACCAGCACGCCGGUGGACAGAACAGUAGCAGCAGCGGUACCGGCGCCGCCGGUGGUGGCGGUGGCGGCGGUGGCGGUGGUGGCGGUUCGGGUGGGUCGGGCGGUGCCGGUGGUAAUCAGGUCGGGCAGCAGACAUCCUUUUCCACUGGCAUGUUCGGCAACAUGAACCAGUCCAGCUCGUCUUAGCUAUUUUUCCACCAUAGUGGAAAGCUGCAAUCG